AGAAUUUUCAAAGGAUUGGUGAAUAAAACAUUCAGCCAGUAUUAAUUGUAGCCGGAAGUAAAAUGUACUUUAGUAUUAUGAACGUGCUAAGUUUAGAAGAUAUCUAUUUUAAUGUGUUUAACAAAAUAUUACUUACACGUGCUACAUUAAGUUGGCACAUUAUCAAAAAAAUUAACGCUAUAAGUAUUUCCAAAAAUAGUUAAAGGUUAUAAAAUAUUUUAGGAGUUUUGUUAUAUAAUUGUCAGUGAAAAUGUCUGUAUUUAGUAAAAACAUCAUUGUAGCCUUUAAAAAGUAUCCUGUUCUUCGAGGAAUGGCAUCAUAUGGUACUAUUUGGCCAAUUUCUAGUUUUAUACAACAAACAUUUGAAGGAAAACGAUUUGAUUCUGAUAAUAAGUAUGAUUGGUUAAGAUGUGCUCGUUUCGGUUUUUAUGGUUCCUGUUAUGUUGCUCCUACACUUUAUACUUGGUUAACAAUUGCUAGUAUAAUGUGGCCAGGAAAUACCAUUAAAGCUGCAGCAUUUAAGACAUUUUUUGAAACCAUUACAUAUACUCCAUUUGCAAUGUGCAGCUUCUACUUUGGUAUGAGUUUAUUAGAACUCAAAACUUUUAAUGAAGCAGUUGCAGAAGUAAGCACAAAAUUCUGGCCCACUUAUAAGGUAGGUGCAUCUAUCUGGCCAGCAGUUGCAAUGAUUAACUUCUGUUUAAUACCUGAAAAAAAUAGAGUUCCGUUUAUUAGUGUCUGCAGUCUCAUUUGGACUUGUUUCUUGGCUUAUAUGAAACAUUUAGAUAAAGACAAUAUAGCUUUAAAAUCUGAAAAACAAUCUGGUCAGUUCUUUACUGCAUAAGAAAAUAUAAUUUACAUUUGUUAUCAUGAAAUAUGAUGGUAUAUUUCAUUAGCGUUUAAGAAUAGAUUUUUGUUGUAGGACUUUUGACUAGAUUAAAUAAACUUAAAGUAAUCUUUAGUAGCACAAAAACAAACCCUUUUGUUAGCCUAUGUUCUUACAUAUCUACUUAUGUAGGAAAAUGGCUAACAAAAAAAAUUAGGAACUUUAGUAAGGGCCCUGUGCAAUAUGCAAUUAUUAUGCAAUUGGUGAUAAUUAAAAAAAUUAAAUUGGUGAUGCACUUGGUGAUAAUUCAAAAUCUCCUAGUAAGCUUUUGUGGACAUAAUUCAAUAUAUAGAGCAAUUUAUUAAUAUAUAAAAUUAUUUUAAGUAUUUUUAGCAGUAUUAGAAUUUGUUGAAAAUUAUACUUUUAACAUCUCAGUAUACAAAGUGUGUAAUGUGAGUAUUACCUUUAAUAUGUCAUUUAACAAAUUUCCUUUACACACAUUCUGACCUCGACUUCAAAAGUACAGUUAUAUUAAGCAAAAAGGUAUGAUAUGUUAUUUUUUAUUACAAGUAUACUACAAUAUUAUAUAAAAUUAUGAUAAUUUCUAAUGAUGGUUUACAUUUUAAGGAAUUAUAAUAUUAUAUUCAAAUAUAUGUAAGUCAAAUUAAGACUAGAGUAGUGAAUUAAAAAAGGAAAUAUCUUCCAUACUUUUUAAAAUUAGUAUAUUUCUCAUCACAAUAUUAUUAUUUACAUCGGUGUAGCUUAUACAUAAAACCAUUUUGUUUAAAUGGGAUGGUCUAAAAAUAUAAUGUUUAUUGUUGCUGUGUAAAACUGUUUUUACACGGCAACAAUUUAUAAAACCUUAAUUAUUAGAUGUCUUAAUAAUCUUAAAGAUUUACAUGUGAUUUCUACAAUACAGGUAUUUGCAAUUAAAUUGCAUGUUAGAAUAAUGUAUAUUUUACAUAGGUAUUUAUUUUUAAAGUAUUUUUAUGCAUGAACAUGAGAAUAGAGAAUAUUUAGUAAAAUGACAAUAAAAUGUUAAUAUAAUAAAACAAUUUAACACAGCAAAACUCCAGUGUAACUUAAAAUUAAUUAAAUGAAUAUAUUAAUUGUAUAAGUAUACACUACAAAUGAUUUUAUUAAUAGUAUAAAAAGUUUAUAAAAUUGUUGUUGUAAUCAUUAUAGACACAGAGUUCUAAAAUCUUAUUACCUAUGUAUAGGUAAUUUUUACCAUAGUUAUCAUACAAUUCAAGCAUGGUUCAUGUUGCCAUUCACAUUUAAAAGGUGAAAUAUGGACAAUUAUGUGGUUUUAUAAUUUUGAUUAUUAUAAUAUUUGGUUUUUUAGUAUUAUUAUAUAAUUUUGUUACAAUUUAUUGUACAUAUAUUAUAAUUAUGCCUUUAAAAGGCUGAACAGUUCCUAAAAUAAAUAGUUUUUAAUGAGAUAAUAAAAUGUUAGCAAAAAGUGUGGAAUUGUGAUAAAAUACAAUUAAUUGUAGGUGCCUACUUUAUAAUCUUCUAUUGCCUGUUUUCAUUCAAUUUGUGGUAAUAAUCUCACUUUUUAAGCACUGUGCAAUUUUUUUAUAACUAUAACAUCAUUUUUAAAAUAAUGAUAUAUACAAAUAUUUGUAUAUUGAUACAAAUUAACUUAUGAAGAAAAAUGCUUACCUCCCAAUAUUAAUAUUGUUAUCAAGCGCCACUAAACUAAUUUAAUUAAAAUAUUCAAAUGCUAAUAACUCACUAUCAGAGUGUAUAUUAUGACUUUAACACUCUUGAUACUGCAAUUAAUUAAUUAUGAUAUGCAUGUAUUUUAUAUUCUAACCUAAUAAUAUUGGUCGAUAGGUACUUAGUACCUACCAAACUAAUUCGAAUAGCACGACCCCUACUGCGAUAGUAUUUAAAAGCGUGUUUAAGAAUGACUACAAAGUGACAGAUCACAGUAAUGUCAGAAUGACCGGUCAUUGAUGUUAAUGAUUUAAGUAGGUACCUAAUAUUGAAGCAAAGGUACCAAAUGCGGGUAGUAUUUUAAAGCUGAUCUGUCACUUUGUACAGUCACAUUCUGAUGCACGCUGAAGAUUAGAUAAUAGAUUAGCUACGCUUCAUAGGUCAGUUGAAAUAAAAAUACAAAAUCUACAUAAAAAAAUAUUAUAGUUCUUUUAUUUCUUGUUGUGUUUAAGUCAUAUGUUUAGUAUUAGUUACUAUAUUAUUUUAAAGUAAACAAAUGAUUGAUUAAAAUAUUUUGAUGAA